AUGAGCAAUGGAUUGGGCUUGAUAAAAGAUAGAGAGAUUGGAGGAAAUACGGCAGACACCCACAAAAUGAGUCCAGAAGAAGUGAAAGCAGCUGGAGCCGAGCAGUCUAAGAGGCCCCCAGGCCAAAACCCCGGGGAAGUUCUUCAUCAGAGGCGCAAGCUUCCCUACAGUCCCACCACCAUGGCCAUCGCCGCCGGCCUCGUCAUUGUCGGCGCCGUUGCGUAUUUCGUCGCUUACUCCACCAAGAAACCUGAAGCCAGCGCCAAAGAUGUCGCAAAGGUCACUACUGGAACAGCCCAUCCAGAGGAGACUCGCCCAAGGAAGUAGUCUGGCUCUCCGUCGUUUCUUGUUUGCUUAGCUAGUUUCUCUUUUUUUGGUA